CGCUGCUGAUCCAGGAACACACCGCUGAAGCUCUACACUGCCGACUGCUUGUUCUCCGUUGCCGAUCAAGGAUCAAGAAUCUCCGAUGGCUCCCUGUCCAGUUUGCCAGAAGGUGCUGUCCUCCAUCUCUGCGCACCUUUCCACAGUACAUCAUGUGGAAAACGUAGAGGAGAAGAAGAUCCUGAUUCAGCUGGCGAAUCAGAAAGUGUCGAUCCUGACAUCUCCGUGUCCUGUUCCGGGAUGUGGGUAUCAGAAGUCUCGUCUUGACCGCCAUCUGACCAGCUGCCAUCGGGACCUGUCCGACCAGGCCAGGGAUAGAUACAUACAGACGGCACAGAGGAUCAAAGCCAUUACUCUCCUGAGAGAGUUGAGGGCCAGCAGUCCGAACGUGCCCAUGGCCACUCGCUUGGACUUGGCUGCUGCUGACGAAUCUUCAACGCACGACUACGACCGAGUACUCGAGUCAGCGAAACCUGGCGUCCUCGAUAUCAGUCGUAGACUGAGAAUGGGACAACAGGUGGAAGAGAGUCUGCAGACACUGUUCCGGUACGUCUGUGAGGCGAUACUGCUGAAGGAGCAUCAACUGGCAGAGAGUGCUGUGCUGAACUUCAAGGUAGAGCAUUGGGUUUCUCGAACCCCAUCAACCAGUGGCAUUUUCCUUGAACACUUUGACAUCAGCCUGACUCCUGUCUUCACAGCAGCCUGGUACAGACUGGGCCUUACUGAGGAAGAGCAGACAGAGUUUUAA